GGGACAUAAUUGCGAUCCAGAAUCGAGUAAACCAUCACGGUGAGGAACCGAACACCAAGCGCUGCAGCCGUGCGCCCCCACGCGCCCCAUCUCUCAAACUUCACUGCAAGAUAGGUACCAUUGCAGUUCGCCUAGGUCCCGACUAACCAGGUGGUAUUCCGCGACCGACAAAUGCCAAACGCUCGCCCACGUCGUCUGCUCCGCAACUCUAAAGCAUGUGACUUUUGCCACAAGCGUCGCAUCAAAUGCCAGAGCAGUGAGAGCACUGAGAGCACUGAAAGCAGCCCAUUGAAUUCGAGCCGCUGCCAGAACUGUGCCGAUUUUGAUGUGCGAUGCACCUACUUGCGGCCAUCCAAGAGAGGGACCGUGGCAGGCUCCUUGCACGCCGCCGCCGCAGCUUCGCGGCAGCAGGGGCAGGAGCAGCAGCGGCAGGAGCAGCAGCGGCAGCAAGCGGUUACGGAUCCAUCAACACCUGGCAAUCCACUGAAUUUAGCCCGGGGCACUACGGCUCCGCUUAUCCCGCAUGAGCCGGGGCCCGGGGUUGACCGUGGAAAAUUCAAUCAUGCCGAAGAGACCGGCUCUGAGUCCACAGCCGAGGGAGGGUGGACCGAGUCUCUUCGACCAGCCUGGCAGAGCUUUGCGCGGACCGCCACCCCCGUCGUACGGAGCCUGCUCUCUGUGUAUCACGAAACCGUCUACCCGAUCUUCCCGUUCUUCGACCCCAUCAGGCUUGAGCGCAGACUCGAGACGCUCGAACACACCCGGAAUCGUGCCUUCUUUUGCUCCGUCAUGGCAGCCUGCGCUCUUGCUUCCGCGAGGAUACGGGAUGGCGCGCUAGCAUCAUCCCAGUCAGGUUCAGAGUAUCCCCCCGCCAUGUCCCCAGAGAUGUUCUUUGCUGCGGCCGAAAAAGCUCUUCCGACCAACAUUCUUCCCUGUCGCGACUUCGACUGCCUCCGCGGCUACGCGCUUUUGGCUCUAGCAAGUCUGCAAGACGCCAAGAUCCGGGCGAUGCAGAUGUAUAUUUCUCACUAUUUCACCAUGCUGGCCAUCAAUCGGUGGCACGACGAAUGGAACUGGCCAGAAGGCAUACAGGCGUCAGAGAAGGAGGAAUGGCGAAGACUAUAUUGGUCCAUGUAUACGCUUGACGUCUACUCGUCUAUCGUUUGGGACGGUUGCAUACACUACCAAGAGAGCCAAGCGAGGGUCGAGUAUCCUUCGGGAAGAAGCGACACGGAUACCCAGGACUCGAACGAUGCAACUCACUGGAUUACGGGUUGGAACUUCACCACCGACCUCUAUCGAAUACUGGAACAUAAUCUUACCAGGCUACGGUCUCGGUCUUCCAAGUUCAACCUCCUAGGCGACGUGGCGAGCAGCGUCUCGCUACCCCUGACAAGCCAACACCGCGUCGCCGAGCUCUACUCGGCACUUCCGCCCGCUUUCAAGCAGCUUCAACCCGCUACCGGGGAUCCAGCAAGGGACAUCUACGGCUUCCAAGCCGCGAACAUACAGGCCACAAUGGCCCUCUUGCGGAUGGUCUACCUCUCCCUUGAAGGCGGUGGAGUCGAAUCAGUCGAUCUAGAAACCAAGUGCUCCGUGGUGAGCGACGUGCUCGACACAUUCCACCAGGUCCCCAAGCCGUACUUGAGGGCCAUCAGCACGCCCCUUAUCUACCACAUCGGCGGCAUCGGCAUCAUUUUGGGCUCCGUGAUGGAGGGUCCCCUGUCUGAGAGCUCGUGCCGACGAGUAAGAGACCUUUUGCUCUCCAUGGCCGAGCUGCUCGAAAGCCUCGAAUCGUUUCUCUACCGGAGUGCCGGGGCAGGACAGAAGCUCCGAGACCUGGUUGUCCGCUUGGAGGAGUACAUGGAGGACAGGGAGGACCAGCGGCUCGUCCAGAGCCAAGUUGGCACCGAAUCCGCUGGCCCCUCUUUCGAAGAUGCCCCUCCUCCCUCAAACGGGUGGGGUGAGACCGCGAUGCCGGACUUGUCACCCCAGUUUCAGCUGCCUGAUGAGUUCCUGCGGGAUUGGACCUGGCCAUUUGCUACAUCGAACACUUAUCUGUCAUUCUGACGUGGUCGCACACAUUCAUUUAAACAA